AUGUUCGCCUCCGCCGUCCGCGCCCGCAACCCCCUCAUCAAGUUCCUCGGAAAGAGGUCAUGGCCCACCUCCGCGGCCAAGCCCGCCGUCCACCCCCUCGCGCCGAAGGAGAUCCAGGCCUCGUUUGACGACUUCCUGAAGAAGUUCUCCUCCGCCGCUGGCGCCUCUGUCUCGUCCGGACCCGUCGCUGGUGCCAUCCCCCUGUACAAGGAGUCGUCAAAACCGGCCGACUUUGAGGACUGGGAGGCGCCGUCGUACCUCUGGCAGCAGCGCGAGUUCUCGGACGCCGAGAUCGACGCCGUUAUGGAGUCAAAGCUGACAUGGCAGUCCGGAGGCGCGACCUACAUCACCGACGGCCCUUAG